AUGAGCCUCGUCGAAGAGGUCGGCGGCGGAGACGUCCGAAUUUACGAUGAUUCGGAGUUAGCAGCAGUUUUGGGGGACGGGAGCGGAGCGGAAGGCUGGGAUCCGGACGCGCCGGUCUUGGGCGAAGUCAUGGCAGAGCGGCCGUACCUAUGGCCGUUUCGGGACGCCAACCAAGCGGCGCGGGCCGGCUUUUUGGACGAAUGCGCUGAAGAGUGCAGUGGACGAGUCUGUGUGCAGCUUAUCGGCUUCUGGCUGUUUGUCUUGGGUCACGCUGUCCGGUGCGCCCGUCGAGACCGCGUCGAACAGUUUGCAGAGUUGUGCGUAAAGGUGAUACGGUGCGUGGAGGGUCUGCUGGAAUCGCGUGCUUUCUCAGUCGUCAUAUCGGGCGCGCAGUCGAUCAACCGUUUUUUUCUGCUCGGUUAUGUCGAGUGGAUCAAAGGCUGUGUGGAAGGUUCACAGCUUUCGAUUGCUGAAGCAAUGGACCAGUACGCGCGCGUGAUCGCGCGGGUGGGGGCCGACCGGUCGAGGCCGGAGCAGACGAGCCGCGCAUGGCUGCAAACGACGUCAGCGGCGAUGGCGGGAAGCGCGGAUGUCGUCAAGCAGAUCGAGGCGGAGCUUGUACAGCUCAUGGCGAGCUCAACCAUAUUCCUGCAGCAGCGGCUGAGAGUGCCUAGUUUCGUUAGCGAACGGUUCGAUCGGCGACAGCUCACAGGAAGUGUGCAAGUGCCCAAGAGAUUGAAGACUUUUAAGACGAACCCUUCAGCCGCAUCCGGGUUGCGUCAUCUGCGGACUUGGAAAGAGCAGCAAGGCGCUCUGCUAGUGCCGCGUUCCGAGCCGGUUACGACGGGGCCGUUCGAUUUCAAGGAGCGCAGCGAGGACGAGGUGUUGGCGCGGAGCGCCGGACGGAAGCGGGCACGGCCGGCGGCGACAGAGCAACCGGCGGACGGCGGUCGGCCGGCCGCGAGGCGAAGGAUCAACCGCGGGGGGGGAGCUGGGUCGGGCAGCGGCCGCGUCGCCGCGGGCGGACGGGCGCGAGGCGCGGCUGAACAAACCGAGGCGACACGGCGGCGGAAGCGGCAGCGGCGAGUGGUGAGCUCGGAUGAGGAAGGCGGCCGAGGGACGGACAGCAGUUUCGGGGUGGAGUUUUGUCACGUGCUGGACUUAAUGAUGCCGAAAAUCAUGUCGGAGUGGGCGUGGACGUUCGGGCUUCUGAAAGCACAGAGACGGUUCGUGGAGGGGCAGUCGUGGAUGGGUGACGUCGAGCUUGGGCAGCGGAUCAAAAACAACGGCUUGGUGGUCCUACUGGAACGGCUCUUCAGCGGAAAGCACCGCACGGAAUGGGCGUCCGCCGGAAUGUGGCUGCCGGGCUUCGGCGACGUCCGCGCUGCUGACUUUAACCGGGAUCUGCGGCUGGAAGGUUUCUUGCGAUGGUUUCCAUACUGGCGUCCGGCGUACGUUAAGUAUCGGAUAUACGUUUCGCUUGGUGUGUUCGCCAAAGCUGCUGGCGCUUUGGGCGUGCUGCGCGGAAGUCCACUGUUCAUUCCAGGAACAGUGGUAGACGCGCUCUCGAUGCCGGGGCCGGAGCAUCUACGGCCCGGGCCUUUAUUAAAACUUCUUAAGCGGGAGGGGUUAGCUUGGGUGGGGUUAACGGAGGAGAUGCGCGAGAUCAACGCAAUCACGCUGAACGCGCUGGCGAAGCUCACGAAAGAGAGCUGCGAAAUGGAGAGGGAAGAGCCCAACGAGAAUCCGAAGCCGUGGCCUGCGGACAGGAUCGACGAAGCGGAGAUCGUGCGCCGCCAGCAGAUGGCCGUCAGAGUCCGCGAAGCGCACAAGGGUUUUCGGCAGGAGCGCCUGAAAGACAGGCGCGAGCAAGGGAUGCGGGAGAUCAGAGGAUCUUUGCCGGGGGAUCCGAGUGAGUCGGACAUCAAAAGUACGACAGAAUGGCACUCAAUGUCAAGCAGGUCGAAGCGGUACCUCACGGACUUUCAUCUGAUGGAGCCCACGCCAUCAAUGGGGGUCGGAGGCGAGCGAGCGGCGCAAGCGUUUCUUGGAGCAGAGGACCCAAUCACGAGCCCGUUGCAGUCGAGGACGGCGGCGGCUGCGGGCUUUGUCCACAGCGGUGAUGUAAAUAUGGAUCGGCCGGAAACGGAGGGCGGCGGCGCGGAGACGAACUCACGUGAGAUAGGAGCGGUUUCAAAGCGGGAAGAUAGGGCGGCAGCAACGGUCCAGGGGGGUCAAGGAGUUACAGCGACGGCAGCAGAGCUGGCGAAGGAGAUGGACUUGAUGAGACAGGCGCACAGAGCGGCGGCUAUCGCGGGGGACGAUCAUGAGGUAAGACGCAUAGCUCCCGCACUCCAGGCGCUGCAGCUGCGGCACGAGAAAUUGACGGACAGAGAGUUCUUGGGAACGCCAGUGGAGCCGCGGAUCCAUCCUCCAAAUCACGCGAACGGGCUGAGCGGGCGGCCGGCGGAGCGGAAAGAUAUGUCGCGUCCGGGAGAGCGGAUUCCGGCUGUCUCAGCCGGAGUGAAGGCGGGCGGAACGGCGGCCGGCAAGGGAAGCACGGAAUCUGCCGAUAAAGCGAGCGCGGUGAGCGCGCGGCCGGCGGGGCGCGAAGACCGGCCGCGCCCGGUAGAGCGGAUUCCGGCCGUCCCGGUCGCAGAGAAGGUGAGCGGAACGGCAGCAGGCAAGCAGAGCACGGAAUCUACAAAUCCAGCGAACGCGGUGAGCGGGCGGCCCACGGGGCAGAAAGAUAAGCCGCGCCCGGCAGAGCGGAUUCCGGGCGUCCCAGCCGGAGUUGAGGUGGGCGGAACGGCAGUAGCUCCCCGGGCUGGGGGCGUUAUGGCCACGGCGUUGGGAGUCCUCAGAGGGUCAGAACGGGCUUUAGGCAAAGAUCCGGCGGAACGGGAUGGGCGGGAGUCUGGGGAAGAGCCCGUUGCAAGCUGUAGGACGGUCUCGUGA